UUUGUUUUGAAGAUGGACAAAGACAUUUGCUGUUUUUUGUGCCACAGGCAAAGUAGAAAAAAAUUAUGUUUGUUGGUAUAAAGAAAGCUAUGAAUAGAAAAAUCUGUGAAUUUCUCCACUAUUGUGUGAAUAAGUCAAUAUAGCCCUUGGGGCGUCAUUAACAAAGAGUGGCCUGAACCACUUCUUGUGAGACAUCAACAUGUGUGAAUUAUAAAAGUAACAGUUUAUCAGUUAAAUACUCACAUUGAGGUCAGACAUAUUAAACAUUUAACAAUGCAGACAUACAGUUAGAGAUCCAGAGAUUGUGGUUACAUGAGCCUUUUUGAGCCAUAAGUGCUCCUGAUGAAAAUUGUCAAGCAUUCAUGAUCUUAAUCUACAAAAUUGCAAAGGAAUCUCACUUUUUUUAAGGAAAUCUCAGCUGUGCUGCUUUAUAUUCAAAGAUGACUUUGUCAAACAAGAAAUCAUCUGCAACACACACUCUCCCGGUUGCCCACUGUUAUCCCAAUCAUCUGGAACAAUUUCCACAAGAAUUGAAAAAUAUUUUGCAACGGCACUACAUGGUCAUGAAUCCAGAACUACGUAUGGUUCUGUGUCGAAGUUUAAUUUUACUCCGAAAUAAAGGACUGCUUUCACCUACAAGUUUAUUAGAGCUAUUUUUCUUGCUUUUUCGUUGUAAAGAUAAAUUAUUAAGAAAGACACUAUACUCUCAUAUUGUCACGGACAUUCGGAAUGUUAAUGCAAAACAUAAGAACAACAAAGUUAACAGUACACUACAAAAUUUCAUGUACACAAUGUUAAACGAUAGCAAUUUAGUGGCAGCAAAGAAGUCUCUUGAUGUUAUGGUUGAACUCUACAAGAAGAACAUCUGGAAAGACGCAAAAACUGUUAAUGUUGUUGCAUCUGCUUGUUUGUCUGAUCUAAGCAAGAUUUCUGUAACAGCUUUGAAAUUUUUGCUCGAUAAAGAUGAAAAUGACGGGGAUUCAGAUAGCGAAAGCGAGGAUGAUGGCCCAACAGUAAAGCAACUUUUACUUGCUAAUCGUGUGCGGAAGAAAACAAAGAAAGGAGAAAAUAAAUUAAAGAAAGCUUUGACCAAAGCCAAGAAAAAGAAGAAAGAUUUGAAGUCGACCACGUUCUCCGCGUUAUAUCUUAUAAAUGAUUCCCAAGGGUUUAGUGAAAAGUUAUUUAAGAAAUUAGAAUCUUCAAAUGAAAGAUUUGAAGUUCGUCUGAUGAUGAUGGAUGUGUUAGCUCGUUUAAUUGGUGUUCAUCAGUUGUUUCUUUUCAACUUUUAUCCAUUUCUUCAAAAAUACCUUCAACCUCAUCAAAAAGAAGUGACGAAAAUGUUAACGUUUUAUGCUCAAGCCUGUCAUGAAUUGGUUCCGCCUGAGGUAGUUGAACCAGGGUUAAGAGCGAUUGUUAAUAAUUUUGUAACAGAACGAAAUUCCAGUGAGGUUAUUGCUGUGGGUAUCAACGCUGUUAAGGAGGUAUGUAACCGCUGUCCACUUGUUAUGUCUGAAGAACUUCUUAGAGAUCUGGCUGCGUACAAAAAAUCAAAGAAUAAAAGUGUUUUCAAUGCAUCCAGGUCGUUGAUUCAGCAAUUUCGUACUCUUAAUCCUGCUCUUCUUCACAAGAAAGAUAGGGGUCAAAUGACUGCUGAGGAGAAAAAUGUUCGGCCCAGUGAAUAUGGUGAAAUGUUGUCUAAAGAUUAUGUUCCAGGCGCACAGUUCCUGGACGUCAAUACAGAAAAAGAAAACGGUGAAACAACUGAUGGGAAAGUGAUGAAUAAUGAGAAUGAAGAGAGUGAUGAACAGUGGAGCGAUGACAUGACUGACAGUGAGGAUGAUGACGUCAUUGACCAACCAGAAGAAAAUAAGGUUCCUGAAGAUAUCGCUGGAUCAGACCCGAGUGAAGAAGACGUGGAAAUUAAGGCUUCCAGAAUUAGUCAAACCAAAAUCUUCACCAAUGAAGAUUUUAAGAAAAUACGACUGACAAAGAUAGUUCAGCAAGUCAAUCCCAAGGCCGGGAAGAAACGAAAACGCGAAGAAGAAAACAAAGAACCAUCGGAAAGGAAAGAUUUAUUGUCAGUAGAUGAUAUUGAACAAAUUUAUGGCAAGAAACGAAGAAGCAGUAAAGAAGAACGUUUGGCGUCAGCAAAGGCUGGUCGAGGUGACAUAAAACGUACAUUUCAGAAAAACAGAUGCAACGAAUUUACUAGCACUACUAACAAGGAAAAGAGGAAAACGAAAGCGUAUAUGAUGGUGAAGCACAAAGUGAAGGGGAAAAAUAAACGUUCUUUUCGGGAUAAACAGAUUGCACUACGUGAUUCUCUUCUCAAGAAAAAAAGGAAAACAAAGUUUUAAAGGUUAAUUGCAACGCCUACGAUUGUUUGGGUAAAGCGAUCUUCAAAGGUGUUUGGUGAAGACCUUAUCGCAAGGUGUCUUGCGUCUUCUAGUCGCUUCAAAUGCAUAAGAGCAACAGUUGUGUUGGGCCUGCAUGUGUUGCGAGUAUGAAGCUAGGUGCGUGAUGGGUAAUCCCCUAGGACUGAGUGAAAGGAACAAUGGCAAGUUCUAGGGAAGUGGUGAAUCCAUUGAUUCACCACCGUCCUGAGGAUUUUGCGGGUUGGUAUUUCAGGCGAACGCAGUUAUAGGUCUGGGCUGAGGAACAUCGUCAACAGAAAACGGCUAUAUAACCUAGCGUUUAAAAUUGACAACAAUAUCUCCAUGCGAGUACAGUUUCUGAAAUAUGAAAUCUUCUUUCUAUAAUAUAUCAAAAUUAAAGUCUCCAGUAUGUUUGAGAUUUGCAAUGAUGAUAGGAAAGAUAUUUAUCCAAUAAACAGGUAAUAUACCUGCAUAGUGAAAGAAUGUUUUGAUUAAUUGGGAGCAUAUAUACAUACUAUAUUUUGUACUAUUGAGUAAAUACAUGCGGAGGAAUACAGCAUAGGUGUUAAUCUGGAUUUUAUAGUUUAUUUGAAUACCAGUAUUCAAUCACGAUUCCUUAGCCAACUAAGCAAUUAAGUAUGGACCAAGAGGACUUUGUGUUGAAAAAGAUGCUUGAAAAUAAGGUAGAUGAAAAUAAUAGUCAUAACUGGCUUAGAUAAGACCUUAUCUCGGUUCUUAAGUGGGACUUGCUGGCUUUGUUAUGACAUAUUAAGUUUUUGCACUAUAGAUCAAUAUCUCUUGCAUG